AUGGGUUCACCACAGCGGAUCAAGCCAGCUUCUACAAGGUUUUGGGGGAGCGAUGGAUGGAUGUUGGAGUGGUGGAUUCAGGAGCCAGAGAAGGCUGAAGCGUUACUGCAGAACAUACAAACCUAUGGUGUAUGGGCAGUGAUGGCCUACCAUCUUUUUAGACUGGCGGAUCAGCAGGUGCAGGAGGAGGCCGAGCUUACGACUGAGCAGAUGUUUGGUUGGGAACAGCAAGGAGGUCAGCAACCACAGAUGGCAGAUGCAGGGGACAGUGACCAUGCUUUGGUGGAACGGCUGGCUAUGGCGUUAGAUGGGUUGAUGAAACAUUUAAGCGAAGAUGGGGGUGGUGGCGGCUGGAGCCCCAAUACAGGACUAUAA